CUCGUCUACAUGUCGGACAUACACCGGACAUCGAUAUCACCACAACUCCGCCUUUUAAAAUAAAUAUAUAACCAUAUUGAUCGGAUCGGAAGUUCUACGGAGUAGAGUCGGUGUAUUGUUGUAUUAUCUCGUAGACGCAGUUCGCACCUGUUCGACGGAAGAUCGCGGAGUUUCCAUCAAUCACGACGCGCAAGUUUAUCGUACACAAACACGUGUGAGAUUAAAGAGUUGGUACGAACAUUUUGUUUUUUGCUAGUCAGAGAAAGCCAUUUUAUGAAAAGUAUCGAUUGAGGUCACGAAACUUUUUCAAAAUUCAUAUAUUUUUCCUCAAUUCUUUACAAAUAAGAGAACUGCAUGAAUUCACGAUGUAAGAUUAUGAAGUCUGGAUGAUCGUCCAGAUAGAACAGAGACACUAAAGACUUUAUUAUGAAGUGUUAAAACUUUGUUUUAUGUGAUGAUUACUUGAAAAAUAGUGUAACGAGAUGCCUGUCGUGAAAAGGCCAAACCCCAGCAACAAGGGAGGCCUAUAUGUCCAUUCGAGCCCACCCAGAGUGCUUCAGCUGAGCUCAGCCCAUGUGAAGCAGCUUAUCAGGAGCGGGGAUGUGAGCAAGAUAGAAGAGGCUGUUUUGGAUGGACAAGGCAAGAAACUCAUGAACGAAUUUUCGGCUGACUAUAGGAUCAGAUCGUAUUUGAAGACUAUACCCACGUUAAUGUCGAAAAUCUCUUUACUCCACGAUGCUGUGAACAGUGGCAGACUAGAAGAACUCCAAGCAGCACUAAACGAAGAACCAGAAAAAAAGAAGAAACUCGUGAUGGCCAAAGACGAAUCCGGUGUAGGACUGCUACACAAGGCUGUGUAUUAUGACCUUAAGGACAUUUAUAGAUGGCUGAUUGACAAGUUUCCCCAUAUUAUUAACAUGAGAGAUUCGGAAGGUAGAACAGCCUAUCACUACACCCCAAUGUGCAAGGAUCCUCAGAUCGUCCAAAGAAUGCUCAUCAAAGCAGGCGCUGACCCAUCGGUGGCCGACGUCUACAACCGUACCACCAAGUACUACAUGGACCAUAAACAAGAGUUGGAACUGCCAAGUAGUCAUAAAUCUGCUGCUAAUUCGAGAAAAAGUACUGCUAGAGAUGGCCCUUCGUUCAAGAAGAGCAAUAUCAGGAUAUGGAUCCACCAGAGAAACCUUGGGGAACUACAGAAGGUGGUGUGGGAGGGCCAUGGGGGCAAGUUGUUACCUGAACAUAGCAACAACCCUAAGGUCAAGAAGUUUCUAGAGGCUGUGCCACAUAUCAUGGGGUUAAUAAAGGAAAUCCACACUGACGUUAUCCAGAACGACCUUGAGAGUUUGAAGUUGCACACAGCACCUCCCAUACCGCCAGUGGUUUUUGUUGCCAAAGACCAAAAUGGACUGUCACCUCUGCAUAAGGCUGCAGGGUUGGAUAAGGAAGAAAUGGUGAAGUACAUCCUGCAAGAAAAUCCAGACGCAAUCAAUGCAGUGGACAACGAAGGUCGUACCGCUUUACAUUACGCCGCACUUUUGAAAGAUGACGGAAACAUGAUGAAGCUACUUAUGGACUAUGGAGCUGACGAAUCUGCUCUUGACAACAAACAAAAAACCGCAGCGUACUACAAAACCCGCCACAGUGAGAUCGACUCCAAACUCCUCAGCAUGAUCCCCGACUGCCCUAGGUCAGCAAAGGAGUCCUUCGCAGCUAGCUUCGAUUGGUCAAUGUUGGCACCAGGUGCAUCAGCUGUCUUCAAUGGCCUGCAGAACGGACUCAAGAAGAACGAGAAGCUUAGUAAUGCCAUUGAGAACCAUCUGAAUCACAUGAAAGAGAAUGGAGAGGAUAAUAAUAACGAUAAAAGCGAAAGUAAUAGGGAGUCACCGAGUAAGUCGAGGUCGGAAAGUCCAAAGUCGCCUGUGAAGUCGAAUCAGGAAAGUCCAAGGUCAAAGCCUGCUUCUAGGGCGGCGUCUAGAGCCGCGUCCAAGACACCAACAAGGUCCGGCAAUCAGUCUCCAAAUGCAGCAACCCCACCUGCAAAGUCACCCUCCCCUCCACCCUCUCCAUCAAAAUCUCCCCACAAAUCACGACCCUCCAGCAAAGCCGAAAACUCUCCAAAAUCCCCAAGCGAUACCCCCAAAUCCCCAGAUGGUUCCCCUGGCCGUAUUUCACCUCCAACAAAGUCCCAACCUGGAUCACCGGCUAAGUCGAGGCCAGAGAGUAAACAGGAACUGAAGUCCGAAGCUAGAAGCCAGAAUGGGAGUCCAUCAAACGGAAAAAGUAGUCCUGAAAGACAAAAUGGAAGUGUAAAUAAUGAAAAAAGUGGUCAAGGAAGUCAAAAUGGCAGUCCAAAUGGGAAGAGCAGGUCAGGAAGUAAAGGGAGUAAUCCUGGGAGGCCUGGAAGCAAGGCCGAGGUGAACGGGGGGAGUCCAGGGCCUAUUGUGGAAGAAGAGAAGGUUAUAGAAGGUAUAGUAAACGGAGAGGAUGAGGUAGAGAACAUGAACAAUGAAGGGCACAACGAUAAAAGGGACGGCGGAGGCUCCCCUACUGAGACUGACGUGAAGACCCUUGUCGAUGCUGGAAAUAUGGAGCAACUGGCAGCAUUGGUGCUGAAGGGAGAAGGAAAGAAACUUGUAGGGCAGACCAGCGAUAAUCCUGAAUUGCAGUCCUUUUUGGAUAAUGUUCCCGUUUAUAUGGGUAAGAUUCGUCGGAUCCACGACGCGGCAAGAAACGGAAGUUUAAGAGACCUUCAAGCUGCCUUGGACAGGCGCAAGUUUGCAAUUGCCAAAGACAGCAUUUCACCCAAAGGGGCCUCUCCUCUCCACGUUGCUGUGAUAUUUGGCAAUACCAGUAUUGUCAGGUACUUAGCCGGUAGGUUCCCUGAAACUGUCCAGGUGACCGAUGAUGAUGGUAGAACCCCUUUGCACUACGCCGCUGUUCUCAAGGAUAACGGGCACUACUACAAUCUGCUUGUACAUUUGGGAGCUGAUAUGAGACUCGAAGAUAAGUUUGGUCACACUCCUGAAUACUACAGGCGCAACCAAGAGGAAUUCAACCACAGAGGUCUCCUUAAAGAAUUCGGAGCCGAGGAUCUAGCAGAUGAAAUACUAGCAGAUAAGGAUCAAACCCAACAAGAAAAUGGACAAGUCGAUAUGCCUUUUUUCGCGACAGAAGAGGGACGCUACUUGGCAUCUUCCCUAGGAGACCCCCUAAUAAAGGGUCUAACUGAAGUUGCCAACAAGCGUCCCGAUGACCCCAUAGCCUACUUAGCUCAGUAUCUGUACAAUUUCGCUAAGGAACCAGAAAAAACGGGGGUCAAAACUCAGGAAAAUCAGCACGAAAGGCUAAUAACUGGUUCACCAACAAACGAUGAUGGUAACAAAUCAGUGCCUGCGAGUAUUGAUGUAGUGACAGUGGAACCAGAGGAAAAUGAUGAAGAGGAUUCUGCUUUCAAUAGCACUAGCAGAGAUGAGCAUGGCCAGAGCAUGUUGCAUUUUGCUGCAGCGAGAGCGCAUGGUAGAAACGCCCUCUUUCAGCUUCUGAUUGAAACUCAGAUCAACAUAGCGUUUAGAGACGAACUGUAUAGAACAGCUAGAGAUAUCAGCAUUCAGGCUAAUCUGCCUGAAAAUACUUCUGAAAUUGAUAGAUACGUAUUCUACAUAGCUACUAAAGGUGACACAGAAAAAUUAGUGGAGUUACUCUUAGACGGAUAUGAUCACAUAACUGACAUAGUAGAUGAUGAGGAUCAACCAAUCAUAGAAGCAGUUUCGAAGGCAAAUCAACCAGAAACAGUCUCUUUUCUCCAGUCCAUAUUGACUUUUGAGGAGAAAAGGGAAAGAGUGCAUCAUGCUAUACGUCAAGGUUCCAUCAAUGACGUUACUACUUUACUUGCCGAUGAAAAUGAUACAGGAAGUGGCAGGCUGUUGUCCAUAGGUAAAAACAGCUAUGGUAGAUGCACUCUUCAUAUUGCUGUCCUCUGCCAACAAGAAGAAAUCGUAGACUAUCUUGCUAAUAGUUUUCCAGAUACUCUCAAGUUGGGCGAUAACUUGGAAAGAACAGCCCUUCACUACGCUAUGGGGGUAGAAAAAAUGGAGACAAUAAGCAAAGUCCUCAUCAAAGCAGGGGCGAAAAGAGUAGUGAAAGACUUGAAGGGAAGACAGCCUACGUAUUACUUCUUGAAUAAAUCUGAUAUACUCAGACUACAAGAGGAAGAAGAAACCUUUUAGGAGAUGUAAGAAUAAGUCAAAAAGGCUGGAACCAGAGUACGCAAUAAAUGAACUAAAGUAGAGCAGGGUUCCCAUAUUAACAUCAUUUAGUCUAUAGGAGCUAAAUUAAAAGUACCAAUAAGGCAAGAACGGGAAUUUUUCAUUCAUAUGUAAUGGUUUUGAAAGGUACAUAUCUUAGCAUAAAACAAAAAAUUCCCUAUAGGAAUACAGCUCUUCUCGAAAUUUCCUAUUUCCAUUUUAUAUUGGGACUUUUAAUCUUAUGUGCAUAUACAGUUUGAUGACAUUCAGGUAUAUUUCAUAAAAUGGGCUACUUUUAUGACUUAUUCCAAAACUAAAUUAUACAAUUUACAACUAAACCGUAUAUAUCUAUAACCCCUUUGUAAUCCUGUCCUAAUCAUAAUACAGUAGUUAUAUUUAUAUUUUUGUACACACUAAGCUCCCCAGUACGUUAGUUACACACUACACAUUUCUGAAUAAAAUGUAAGAAUAAUAUACCAAUGAUUUUCUCCACGUCUUACUAUUAAUUGUAGAUCAAUAAGGUUUGAACAUACAUUUUCAAAAACAAUGCUCGCAUGCAUUUUCCAACGAUAUGCAUUUUAUUAUCUUUUACCGUUCAUGUGUUGAAAGAAAACAUCAGUUAAUAUAAUUUUUUUUGUUUUUAUUCCGGAUACUAAUAAAAUGUAGAUAAUAUUGAUUGUCGGAUUUUAAAAGUCUUGCUUGUGUCUUGUAUGUUGCAAGCUAUUUGAAACUAUGUGUUCAAACUUCUAUACAGGAUGUUCGAAACAUAGACAGAGAUAUUUCGGAGGGUGAUUCCUUGUUAAAAAAUAUGGGAAAAGUUUCUAUGAAUACGGGUCCGGAAAUGCAGAGCUUUCAAGAUACUGGUUGAUAAAUUCGAAAAAAAACGUUGUCCUUUUUAAUUUAUUAUCUUAAAAAAUAUUUACUCGAUUCUGUUGAAAUUUGGCAAUAAUAUCUUUUGUAUAAAGAGGCUAAUUUAGCCCUAGAAUUAUUAGGUUCAGUGGCGUCCCGGGGGGCACCCUUAGCGAAUACAUAUUAUUGACUAAAAAAUUUACGCCACUGCAUUUUUUGUAACUUUUGUACUUGUUGUUUGAUUAAGCAUAUAAAGAUACAACUUCUUUGCCUCUAGUAAUUUUUUCGGAACUCAUUUCGUUUUCGAGAAAAAAAAUAAAAACCGUUUUAUUGCAUGUCACUGGACAAAAUUAGCUUAUUAAUUCAAGCACAAAAAAUCAUUCCCUUAUAGAGGUUUGACAUUUGCGCGUCACUCCUAGAAUAGAACUAUUCACGUGAUUUUAUUCGCCA